AAAGGAAUCAGGAAAGAGACUGUCGGCUCCCGGCCGCCUUGCUCCGAGAGGCUUCCAGUCCGGAGGAGCUGGAUUUACAAUCGUCACUGGAUUGUAAGUAUCCGAGGCGAAGAGAGAUCACUGCGCCCCGCUUUUUGACUAUCUUUGAUCCGGGGAAGUUUGUGGAUUGGGAGUGUGUGCUGGGGCAUUAACUUUCUGUGCUGCAAAUCAUUCUGAAAAGCCACCAUUUGCUUUCCUGCUCGCUAGCUCCCUGCAUUGUCCUGCAGCGGCAUCUAGAGGUUGGAACUUGGCAUUGCAGCUCAUAUAUUUAAAUGGACCUAACUGAGCAAGCCAGUGUCAGUAACAACUGGUAUUCAGAAACAGCAUAUUUAAAGACUUGGUGCUUAAUUCAAAAUUAAGAAAAAUAGACGCUUAGCUGCUGUACUACUUAAAUAUUUCAAUUCGUAACAAACUGGUCUAACUGUUGCAGUAGCUGGAACUUUUUAGUGCAACAAGUGGUUAUUAGAGAAGUGAGUCACAAAGAAAGAUGAGUAAGAGCAAGGAUGAUGCUCCUCACGAACUAGAGAGCCAGUUCAUCUUACGUCUGCCUCCGGAAUAUGCCUCUACUGUGAGGCGGGCAGUACAGUCUGGCCAUGUCAAUCUGAAGGACAGACUGACAAUAGAGUUGCACCCGGAUGGGCGCCACGGAAUCGUCAGAGUGGAUCGGGUCCCACUGGCCGCAAAACUGGUAGAUUUGCCGUGUGUGAUGGAAAGUUUGAAAACCAUUGAUAAAAAGACUUUUUACAAGACAGCCGAUAUCUGUCAGAUGCUUGUCUCCACAGUUGACGGCGAUCUCUACCCUCCAGUGGAGGAACCAGUUGCUGCCGCUGCGGCUGCUGCAGCUGCUGCAGCUGAUCCCAAAGCAAGCAAAAAAAAGGACAAGGACAAAGAGAAGAAGUUUAUAUGGAACCAUGGAAUCACCCUGCCUCUAAAAAAUGUCAGGAAGAGAAGGUUCCGGAAGACAGCGAAGAAGAAAUAUAUCGAAUCUCCGGACGUGGAGAAGGAAGUGAAGCGUUUGCUGAGUACAGAUGCCGAAGCUGUCAGUACUCGUUGGGAAAUAAUCGCUGAGGAUGAAACAAAAGAAACAGAAAAUCAAGGCCUCGAUAUCUCUUCUCCAGGAAUGUCAGGCCACAGGCAGGGCCACGACUCGUUAGAACAUGAUGAGCUCCGGGAGAUAUUCAAUGACCUCAGCAGCAGCAGUGAAGAUGAGGAUGAGGCCCAGCAUCAAGAUGAGGAAGAUAUAAACAUCAUGGACACAGAGGAAGAUCUGGAAAGACAGCUACAGGACAAGCUGAAUACAUCAGAUGAACAGCACCCAGAAAAUGAGGGAACCAAUCAGCUGGUGAUGGGAAUUCAGAAACAGAUCGAUAACAUGAAAGGAAAGCUCCAGGAGACCCAGGACAGGGCAAAGCGACAGGAAGAUCUCAUCAUGAAAGUGGAAAACCUGGCUCUCAAAAACAGAUUUCAGGCUGUGCUGGAUGAACUCAAACAAAAGGAAGACCGGGAAAAGGAGCAGCUCAGCUCCUUGCAAGAAGAGCUAGAAUCACUUCUAGAAAAGUAAGAAGAGUUUUGAUGCUUAAUUUCAUCCCAUAGAGUGGUCAGCAUUAGAAGAAAGUUUUUGGCUUCAUCACCUGGACUAGAUAUAACUUUGCAGUAAUUGCCAUUUCCUCUGCUGCUUUUUACUGAAUUUGUCUUAUAGACAACUAUAAAUGUGAAUUUCUAUUUCAUUUGUCUCUCAGAAUUUUGCUAGGUGUUUAUCCUGUAGGAAGUAGGAAUGUAUGAUAGAUAAAUGUAGGAAAGUUGUAAGAUUAGUGGAAUGAACAGUUCAACCUUAGUAAUCACAACUUCACUGCAGGACUUUGCUGCUAUUUUUCCAUUUGCCAAAAGCUGCUAUUGCUAGUCUGUGGUGCCAUCUGAGGUCAAUAAGAAGAGUAGUCUAGAGCAGUGAAGCUAGUUUAUAUUUUCCCAUGCAGUGCCUAAUUUUUUCCCCAUGCAGUGGCUAAUUUUCAAGCUUUUUUUCUAUAUGUAGGGUUGCAAAUCAUUUUAUACAGUUGUUUUAACAAUAAAUAAAAACUAGUUUUCACCUCA